AUGAAAAAGAUCUCAAAGAGAAGAGAAGAGAUUUUUAAAAAGAUGUCAGGAGCAGCGUACAGCGGUACAGAAGAAAUGACGGACAGGCAUCUCUCAAAAGAUUUAGAUGCAGAAGAAAAUCGAAACAUAACAGAAACACUGAGAGGCAAAGUAAGAGAAAAACUAAAAAAUGCUAAGAUCAGUCAAGGUGAAAAGUCCUCAGCUCAGCUGCUCACUGAUACAAAGAUUCAUCAAUGGUCUAAGGUUAACCCCCAGACUGAAGUCUUGCUGGAUGAAGGUCUCUCAUUUUUUAUCCUGAGUGGGGAAGAAGACUCAGUCGUGAGGCGAUCUGCUCAGCAGAAAUCAGUCAGUGAUAGUUACUUCAAACCCUCUGCAUUUGGUGAUAGUUCACAAAACGUUGCUGAGGGCCGAGACGAGGAUUUUGCGGAAGAAGUCAUUUUAGUGGAUUUAUUUGAAAUAAAAGCUGCAGAAUAUGAAGAUGAUCAAGAGCAGAUACAAAAACAGGAGGCAAAUAUUUUUUUGCCAAGUAGUUCUCCAGUGGCCAGCCAGCGUAAACUGCCAAAAGGCAUGAUGCCGCGCAUCUUAGAAGAUGAAGGACUCUACACUACAAAAAAGCCAGUGACGUGUAAAAAGAUCUGCAACAAAAUGGAAAACCGCCUUCUCAGCCUCCAGGAGGGAAAAUGUUGGUUCGAAGAAAGUGGAGAGAUAAUGUCAUUGCCUUCACCUAUUAGACAGUCUUGGAACUUUAGGAUCAGCACAAGCAAGGAAUCUCUGAAUCCAGCACUGAAGACUGUACACAGGAAGGCAGUGAAAUCUGACCUGGGAUGCUGUUUUAGGAACAGAAUGGAUGGUCAAAGGGAAAUGUACCAAUUAGAUCUUAACAUCGUGGGCUUGCAGUUCAGCCAUCACCCGCUCUUCAAUCAAGAACAAGUCCUGUGUGCCAGGCUGCUCCAGCUCUGUGAGUCUUUCCAGGACAGGCAGAAGCAGAGCUUAUCUCAGCUGCUCUAUGAGAAGCUCAAAGCACUGACAGAGACUACCAAACGCGCUAGCAAAAACACAGAAAUAAACCAGUUUACUGGGGAAACAUUACAAGAUUAUUACUGGCAGAUAAGAGACACAAAGCGACUGUAUGACGCAGAAAGGGAAAAGGACUACGCCCUACUGCACAGUGUUUUGCAGACUUGGAAACAGAUGAAAUCACUCCGGCAAAAGCAAGGAUUUACAAGCACCCCAGUGAAGCUGCAGUUCCAUAGGAUAAAAACGAACACAUGGAAUGAGCAGAACCAAGCAGAAAUGACAGGAACCAAAAGCUACAGAGAAACCCUGUCUCGAAAAAUCCAAAAAAAAUAAAAUAAAAUAAAUUAUCUCUCCUCCUCUUUUGGUUUCUAGAGAUUCCCCCAUCCAGCUUCAGAGCUGGAAAGAAUGGAAAUGGAUAGAAUGAAGCCAGUUACGCUGGUGCCGUGGCUUUCUUUCUCAGCAGAGCUAACCAACGUGUCCAAGUGUUCAUUGUAUGAGCAAAAGAGGAGAGCCAAAAUUCAGAAGCUCAAAUAUUUUAUCAAAAUAUUUUACAAUGAUAAGCAGGUUUCUUGCACUUCUGUGUCUCCCCUACAGCUUGAUUUUAAAGUCAUGUUUCAACAGAUUUUUAACAUUCAACUGUUAUACUGGCCCGAAACAAUUUGCUUGGAGGUUUAUGAAAUAAGCAAAAGGGCAAGUUUACUGGUUAAACUCUAUCUGCCUUUACCUAACAAGACGGAGCUGAAAGACAAGACUACCCUGGAAUAUACAGAAUUUAGCUCCGAUAAACUGGUCGCACCGCUGGAUGGAGGCGUAGGGAGCAAUGUGCCUUUUAAUCUCGAGGGAAGUGAGAAUGAAGAACUUUGUCUUUUAACCUCGGGAAAACUUAGCUAUUCCCUCUCAUGGGCUUUAGAUGAAAAUGGAAUUCCUUUGACACCCGUAUCGCAGUCAUUGCGAUCUGCCUACUGCAGUGUGCUGAGGAACGUUGAUGCCAGAGGUGUUCCUGGACUCCCGUGGCCCGUGAACUCACAAAAGCUUUCUGACUGGGCAGAUGACAUCAGGAUCGAUCCAAAUAAUCCAGAGUAUUCAGAUAUAACAGAGCUUAUUAUGUAUUUGAGACAUAAAGGGCAGGAAAUCCCAAAAUAUUUCCGUCUCGAGCAGUUGCAAGAUGAAUUUAACUUUGUGUCUGAGGAAGAAAUGAAAAGGAGCAAACGCUUCCAGCUGCUGCAGCUGAGAAAUGCCGGCCAGCUAGAUCUCUUCCUUCUGCAGCAGAUGCCUCUCUACGACAAGGAGAUUCCAGACAUAGUCUUCCAGGAAUAUGAAAGUCAGGCACAGAAGGAUAUGUCCAUCUCAGAUGUGAACUCUAUCACCGCCCAAAGGAUUGAUUCUGUCAAUUUCCUGAGGAAGGUGAGAAGGUUGAUAAUGAAAAGAAUCAUCAAAGUCAGCAAAUUUAACUUAUCAGAUAUUGUGGCUGACUAUGAAGAAAUUGUAUCUACAAGCCAGUUGACAGAUGCGAUUUGUAAGUUCAUUGAACCACGAAGGAAGUUAAAGCCUCAGAGGAAAGAAAGAAGAAAAGUCACAGCACAGACUGUCUCUGAUGGGGAUAUAAAGAUUCUGGUCAGGAUCCUGAGGGCCUACAACAUUCCUACCAGAAAAAAAAUAACUCAUAGGUAAGGUGAUGGGCUCCAAUGUCUGAAGUCAUCCAUGUCUCGCCAUAGACAUCAAGAAGCAAUCAAAUCUAUAGUCUUGAAUGACUUCUUAAAUGAGGGUACUGUGCACCCUUUCAUAGAAGUUUCUUUUCAACAGACUGUAUAUCAAACCAAUACUGCUAGCGGAUCUCAUCCAUGCUGGAAUGAAGAAAUCAAAGUAGAUUUUAUCUCACCAGGACAUGAUUACAGCUUCUCUAGUUUAUCGAAAAUAAAAGAUAAUAUACACAUCAACGUUUUUGAUGAAGUGGUAAUUGAGAAACAUGAGGACCAUUGUCUUAAGAGCUGCAGUGCUCACUCCUACAUACAAAAGAACUGGCUGGGCUCUGUCAGCUUCCCCUUCUCAGCUCUUCUGCAGCAGUCUGAGAUUAGCGGGACAUUUCAAGUGAACAUUCCGCCCGUUUUGCUUGGGUACACCUGGAGUAACACUUACGUCCCUCCUAGAGAAGACUGCAGUGGGCAGAAUCCAAAAGAAUGUACCUUCCUAAAUAUUUUUGCUACAAUUGAACCUCAGAUAUCAUAUAUCACAUUCAAUCCGAAACUAGAUGAGUUUUCAGAUCAAAUGGACAUUUUGCAGCGAGCACAGACUUUUACCAGGAACUGUAAGGCCAUGUUUCCCAACCGAAGAGUCGUGACCACUGUUUUUAAUGGUGAAGGGAUGCAGGUCUUUGUAACAAGAUACAUCAAGGCGCUGAAUCCACCGCAGCAGCUUCUGGAUAUAUUUCUUCAGGACUCGAAUGCUACCCUUGACCUCAUCGCUCGAUUUGUAUCUUUGAUUCCUUUUACAACAGAAACAUUGGAUGAGAAUGGUGGUUUUGACAUAUGGAUGACAUCAGAGUGCUGCAUCAGUUUGGCUAUUGGAAAUAAAGAAGAACAUGCCAUACUUCUCUGUAAUUUCUUUCUGUAUUUCGGAAAGAAGGCGUUGGUGCUCCUGGGGACCUCAGUCCUAGAAGGCCAUGUGGCUUUUGUAUUAACCCAAGAAACUGGAGAGUCUUUGCUUUGGAAUCCAUCAACGGGGCAGUGUCAUAAGCAGUUUGACCCAUUUUGCCCCUUGCAAAGUGUGGAUUGUUUGUUCAAUGAUAGGAAUGUCUGGUUUAAUAUUCAACAAAAUAAUACACCGAUGGCUGUGCAUUUUGACUACUCAAAAGAAAGCUUCUGGAAACAGUUGCUGCCAAAAGACUUCCCGGGGACAAAAGCCCAAAGUGUACAGCCUGAAGAAAUAGUUUAUUCUGACACUAAUAAAAGCAUGGUGGAAGAUCUGAAGAGCAGGCUGGAAAGGGCACUGAAGUGUAAAAUGAUGGAAUGGCGGCCUAAGCACCCCACACGCUGGAAUCGACAGUGCACGUCUGUCCUGCGACAAAUCCUUCCUAAGCUAGAGUUUUACAAGGGAAGUUUUGCCUCAUUUGAAGACAGCGAGUUAGAAAGGCUGCUACAGUUUUACUGGGUCACAGGAUUUCCCAUCCAGAUGCCCUACACAGAUGUCCAGUCAGUCAUUGAUGCCGUCUACCAGACUGGAAUUCACUCUUCUGAAUUUCCCCAGACGGAGUUUGCUUUAGCUGUGUACAUUCAUCCAUAUCCAAACAACAUAUUAUCCGUGUGGGUCUAUCUGGCGUCCUUAGUCCGCUAUCAGUGAGCGGGAAGAAGGGGAAUGCAAAGCACUGUGGUUCCUAGAUCCAAGCUGUCUUGUCACCUUGAGAUUUUGCUGUUUAUUUUCAAGAUCACCAAUGCUGGACAUAAUUAGGAUUCCUGAGUAGAGCUGGGAACUAGGAAGACCACAUCAGUAUCCCUUCUCCAGGCUUUGAGGGUAAGUUUAGAUAUCUCCUUAUCAACCUACCUCUUCUGCGAGCUCCUCAGGCAGUCUGGCUACUUUGUGUACCAAAG